AUGAAGGCAUACGAAGCAGGCAAUCCUUCGUACUUUGCCACACCUCCGGUCAACCUGAUCUACGCGUACAAUGCCUCGCUCAAAGCCAUCACUGAGUCAUCCCCCUCGAUUGAAGACAGAUUCAGGAUUCAUAGAGAAGCCAGCAAGAGAUUCAAGGAUGCCGCGAAAGGCCUUGGCUUGAAAGAAGUACCUUUACGGCCAGAGGUCGCGGCGAACGGCAUGACUGCAUUGUACUUCCCUGAUGGACUCGGCGCGGCUGAUAUUCUCCCUCGCCUCGUUAAGCGUGGUAUUGUUGUUGCGGGCGGUCUUGGCAUGCCCAGUAUCAAAGACAAGUACUUCCGUAUAGGCCAUAUGGGAAUCUCGGCUGUUGACACUGAGCGGGGUGGAUAUCGAGAAGGUGAUUUCAUCACUCAAAGAGGCUCUCGCGGAAGCGAAGGCAGCGAAAUAGAUUCAUACGACACCGUAAUACAAGUUCUGUAUCUAAAAGAGAUGUGUACUACAAUAUACAAGUAA